AAGUGCGUCGCGACGCGGCCGCCAGUUUUGUCCCGCUGCCCUAUAGGAUAUCGUCGUUCAGCAGCCAUGAGAUUUCUCUUCCUGAUUUUCGUUGUGACGCCCGUGCUGGCAACGGGAUUCCACGUCCGGGAGCGUAGACAAGCGCAGCAGUUAGCGCCCAAUUAUCGAGCCUACAAUCAGGCACCGGCGGCGAUCAAGCAGAUACUGGCCGCGCAGCAGUAUCGCGAUCCGAUCGUCCAUCUUCCGCCGCAACCGGUGCCGAAUCUGGCGCCCGCGUCGCCCAUCGAGCCCCAAGUGCUGCAGCAGAACCAGAUUUCCCAAUAUCGACCGAACAUACAAGUAGGCCAGGCGCCUCAGCAGCCGACCUACAAGCAGAUUCCUGUGAGACCAGCCCAGUACAGUCCGCCACCCGCCGCUCAGCAACAAUACAACCCGCAAUACCGCUCCAAUUAUGCGCCGCAGCAGCAGCCGCAGCCGCGACCACUGUCGCUUCCGCAGCAGCAGCAGGCCGUCCAGCCCAAUUAUCAGUAUUCCAGAAAUCUGCCGCCGGAGCUCCAACAGCUCGUGCAGAUCCAGCAGAACCUGCCUAAUGCGAUCCCGCAAGGACAACGUCAAGGAUAAUCUGCCUAAUUAGGACGUCGGGACGGGCGACGAUAUCCGUAAGACAUCGGGCGGUUCCCUUUUCACCGCAGCAUCGAUCCUUCCUUUUCCAGCGUCAUCGAUCAUCCCUAACGUGUCAUUUCAUUCAUUCAUCAGAUUUUACAAUGGAUGCACUCUAUACGUAAUCUCUACGUAAAGAUACUUUUCAUUCUUUCCCUAAGUGAAUAUUUUAUUACAGUCUGUAUGUUGAUUUUUUGUUACAAAUUUAGUCUCUGUUUCAGUUUUUAUUUUAACAAUAAAAAAAAAAAUAUUAAUUUUUGCUAAAAGUUAUAGCCCUAUAAAAAUUCUCGCUACAUUUUACAUUCAAUUUAACAUUUAAUUUCACUUUCACUUCACGCAUCAUUUCGUUCGUUUCACAAUCGCAUCGAGAGUUUCAUAGCGACAUAAAUUAUGAUAAUGUGUAUCAUUAUGAGGAUUGUAGGAAGAAAAUUUGUAUAAAUAAAUUUCAUUCGAAUUCCUCUCGACCUAGAAA